AUGAAUGUCAUUACCCUUAGGAGCGGCACUAAACUGGAUAAGAAUGUUGCUAUGCCUACAAAGUUGAGUGAGGAGACAAACAACGAAGAAGUAGGAGAUGAAGUGGAGGUGAGGAGGGAUAAAAAUGAAAGUGUUGACAAAAGCGAGGAAGAACCAUCCAAGGUGAAAGAGCCCAAGAGAAAGACUUUUCUUGGAGAGCCCUUGCUCAUUCCAUUCCCAACUUUAGCCAAGAAGAACAAGAAACAAGAAGAGCUUGACCCCGCUAUGGUGGAAGUUUUUAAGAAGGUUGAAGUCACCGUCCCCCUCUUCCAAGCCAUUCAACAAGUACCCAAAUAUGCCAAGUUCCUUAAAGAUGUUUACACUCACAAAGACAAACUUGGCAACCUUAACAAAAUGCCGGUAGAUGAUUCUAUCUCUUCUUUACUUCCUGAAAAAUGUAAUGAUCCCGGCCCAUGUUUGGUCACUUGCUUGAUUGGUGGGAUGAAAUUCAUGGACUAUAUGUGUGAUCUGGGGGCGUCCGUAAGCAUUAUGCCACUCCCCAUCUAUGAAAGAUUGAAUUUGUCACCCCUAAAGAGGUCCGGGGCGAGGUUUGUGCUAGCCUAUAAAAGUAUUGUGUCAGUUGUGGGGAUUGCAGAGAAUGUGCUAGUUAAUAUUCAAGGAUUGUUCUUUUUAGUUGAUUUUCAAAUUUCGGAGACCCCUCCCAUUGACUCUAACAAGCCAUCAUCCAUACUCCUUGGAAGGCCAUUCUUAAAGACGGCCCGAUUCAAGCUAGAUGCACAUUCGGGAGUCUAUUCUUUCGAGUUGGAUGGCAAGUUAGUCCAGUUCACUUUGGAGGAGUCCAACAAGCCCGUUCUUGAAGCUUAUUCUAUUUUUGGGUGUGACAUCAUUGAAGAUCAAGUGAUUGAGGAUGGCAAGGAGCAAGAAGAAGAGGAUGUUGCCAAGAAGAUGAGGAAGAAGGGUAAGGCACCGGUUACUGCGCCGGUUGAGCAAACUACCGCUCGCUUUCCUGAUAUUUCGUGGGAUCGCCAAGGGGAUAAACCGAACACCUUGGUUAACCGAAGAGCCGGCUCUCAAUACAAGGCUAUUGAGAAGCGUACAAUCCAUUGGGAGCGGCCAUUGAAGGUUCCAAGCCAAUACAAGGCGACUAUUCACCAAAGGAUUGCCUCGCUUCAUUAG